AUGCCCCACCCCACCUCCGCCGCGCGCCCCAAACGCGCCGGCGAAGACUUCAACCGCACCCACGACAACACCACCAAAAAACCCCGCUUCGACUACCGCAACCCCUCCACCCUCGCCGCCGACGCGCCCGAAGACGAUCUCAUCCUCGACGCCGACGUGAUCGGCAAAUCCGGCAACAACACCAAACGUAAUGCCGUGAACAUAGACGGCUACGAAUCGGAUUCCGACAACGAUAACUUCAACGCUCGGGCCGCGAGGAAGGACAAGAAGAAGCCGGAGAAGUCACAGGAUGAGGAGGAGGAUGAUAUGUUUGCGGAUUUGGAGGAGAAGGAUGGAGAUGACGAUGAGGAAGUGCGACGGGAGGGGAAGGGGAAGGGGAAGGAUGUGAGGUUUAUGGAAGGGGAGGAGAUUGAGGGGCAGGUUAUGAAUAGCACGUCCGGUGGGAAAGUUUCUGAUGAGAUUCUACUGGGUGGGAAGGGCAAGCAGAAGGCAUCAAAGGAGGAUGAGGAAGAUGAGUCCUCGGGCGAUGAGGAGGAGCGGGAUAAGUUAGACGAGGAAAUGGAGGAUGAGCUUGCUGCGGAGAUUGGAGCGGGAGGCAAGAAGAAGCAUGCGCCGCGGUUAGAUGCGUUCAAUCUGAAGGAUGAGGAACAGGAUGGGAGGUUCGAUGAGUCAGGGAAUUAUGUCAGGAAAGCGGCGGAUCCUGAUGCAGUCAAUGACAAUUGGCUUGACGGGUUGAGUAAAAAGGACAUGAAGAAGGCGAAAGAGGCACAGGAGAAGCGGGAAGAUGAGAGGAGACGAAAAGCUAUGGCAGACGAUGCGAUGCUCACGAGCGAUCUGCGGUCUACACUCAUAUCACGACUCGAGACUGGCGAGAGUCCGCUGGAAGCAUUGCAACGACUAAAUCGCGGCAAGCCCCAAGAGAAGAAGAUCCCGAAGUGGAAGCAAAAGAAGCAACGUAACGGCAUGGAUGUGGAUGAACCCGCCGAGAGUGGCCACGGCACAGCCACAGACCCCAAAGAGGAAGCUCGAAGAAAAGCAGUCGAAGCCAUCACAGGGGCCGCAGACGCCCUGUACUCACGUGGCCAGCUCGAGAUCUACGAGGCAGAACGCGAACUGCUCAUGCGGCAAUACCGCAAAGAGACAGGGGAAGACUGGCAAUCUCCUGUUGAAGCUGCCGCUGCCGGGGCCGACGAACAAGACGGAGCACUGUCGCAGUGGGAAUACCGCUGGAGUGACGCCAGAGAUGGCGGUGAAGCGCAUGGUCCAUACGAUGCACCGACCAUGAAGGCAUGGAACGAUGCUGGGUAUUUCGGCGAAGGGGUCGAGUUUCGAGAAGUUGGUGGAAGUGAGUGGAGUAGGCUACUGGAUAUCAGCUAG